AUGAACGAUAUCGAAUAUUUAUCGGAAACUGAAAGAAAGCUUCUGAAUAAAUGUCCUUAUGCUCUAACGCUUACAAUUGAAGAAUUAACAAAGCCUGCCAAAAAAAUUCGCAAUAAUUGUGAUAAACCACCACGACCGCAAAACAGUUGGAUUAUCUUUCGAAAAGAUUUUGAAGCUAAUAUACGUCUACGUAGUCCUGGUGUUAAGCAAAAAGUCAAAAACACAGCAAAUGAAUGCAGCUUAAAGUGGAAAUUGCAAUCAAGUGAAGUCAAGGAUUUUUUCAAAAUUUUAGAGAAAAUAGCUUGUGAAAAUCAUAAAUAUAUAUAUCCCAAUUAUAAAUAUAAGCCAAAAGAUGCAAAAAAUGCAAAUAGCAAAAAAUUUAUUUUUCGAGAACAGAAAAAAUAUGUAUUUCCUUCAUCAGUUAAACCCGACACAAUAAAUUUUAAUUCACUUCAAAAAGCAACACAAAUCGACGGGUCAUCUCAAGAAGUAAACGACGGGCGGCCAUCUUUAACUUUCAAUUCACAAACUAACAGGUCGCCAUCUCUAACUUCUAGUUCACCUAAAGAAGCCAUACAAGUCGAUGGGUCGUCAUUUUUAACUUUCAAUUCACCCCAGGAAGCAACACAAAGCGACGGGACAUUCUCAUCUUUAACUUUCAAUUCACCUCAAGAUAUAACACAA